AUGGCGAAUCGUUACCAGCAACCAGAAGAAUCUAUGUCCGGUCCAUUUUUCGUUCAUCCAGGUGAGAAUCCAUCUCUGGUAUUAGUUACAAAUCUUUUAAAUGGAAGCAAUUAUCAUUCAUGGUGUAAGUCAAUGCGCAUGGCUUUAAUCUCAAAGAACAAGUAUAAGUUUGUUGAUGGUUCUAUUCAGAAUCCUAGUAAAGAUGGUGAUACUUUUCCAGUUUGGGAGAGAUGCAAUACUUUGGUGAUGUCGUGGUUGUAUAGAGCAGUUUCACCUGCAAUAGCUGAUAGUGUUUCUUCUAUUGAAACUGUUUUGGAAAUAUGGACUGAUCUCAGAGAUAGAUUUUCUCAAGGAGAUUCAUACAGAAUUGGAGAUUUGCAAGAGGAAAUUUAUACAUUUAAACAGAAUUCUAUGACAAUUAUUGAAUAUUUUACACAUUUAAAGGGUGUUUGGGAUGAAUUAGUAAGCUUGAGAGGUUUACCAGUUUGUACUUGUGAGCCUAGGUGCAAUUGUGGUGCUUUGAAUACUGUAAAAACAAACUUAUCUAAUGAUCAUGUGAUAAGAUUCAUGAAAGGACUGAAUGAUAUAUUUGGAGUAGUAAGAACACAAAUUCUGAUGAUGGAGCCCCUUCCACCUAUCAAUAAAGCUUUUUCAAUGGUGAUUCAGUAUGAGAGACAGAUUGCUGGAGGAUCUCAUGUCAAACAAACCCCUGAUUCUAAUGUUUUUCUGACAAAAGGUUCUUUUGAUGAUGAUUGUGAUUCAAACUAUGAAUCAAAUCUUUGUUAUGUGAAAGGAAGAGGAAUGAAUAACAACUACAGAGGAGGUUUCAAAAGAGGAGGUUUUACUUCUGGUACUUUUAAUAGGCAGAAGACAUGUUCUCAUUGUGGCUGGAAUGGUCAUACAGUGGAUUCAUGUUACAAAAAACAUGGUUAUCCACCAAAUUUUCAAUCAAAAUACAGAGGAGAGACAAGUUAUGCUAAUCAAGUCCAGUAG